CAAAUUUGGGAGUCACUUGCAAGGCAGAGCCUCAGCAGAAUCAGCUAAGCCCGCCAUGAUCCUCACACUGCUGCUGGGCCUUGGGGGGUACCUGAGCUGGGGGCUGCUAGGGGCCUGGGCACAGGACCCUGGUACCAAGUUCUCUGAUCCCAACAGAGCCAGGGUGACUGCAGACUGGAAAAUAGAGGCUGAGGACACCGGCAGAGACCCUGUCAGACGGAACUGGUGCCCUUACCAGAAGUCCAAGCUGGUCACCUUCGUAGCUGCUUGCAAAACAGAGAAAUUCCUGGUCCACUCACAACAGCCAUGUCCACAGGGGGCUUCUGACUGCGAGAGAGUCAAAGUCACGUACCGAGUGGCCCAGAAGCCCGUGUACCAGGUCCAGCAGAAGGUGCUGAUCUCUGUGGAUUGGAGGUGCUGCCCAGGGUUCCAGGGUCCGGACUGCCAGGACCAUGAUCCCACAGCAAGCCCCGAGCCCACAGAGGCGAGUGGCAAGCUCAGAGAGACCUGGGACCAGCUGGAUGGCUUUGACCUUGGCCAUCCUGUCACAGAAUUCAAUGAGAUCAAUGGGCCACAGGAAAGACAGGAACACCAGCUUCAAAAUCUCCAGAAUGAUGCCCAGCUGGUAGAAGAUGGCUUCCCAGGCCUUUGGGAGGCCCCGGACAGCAACCUCACAGCUGAGAUGACAGAAGCCAAUCAAACAGAAUCCGAGUUUCCUGGCAGGACAUCAGAGCACCCGCUGCAGCCCCAAAUCGAUGCGUUCCUGCAAGCACACUUCACUCCCGUCUGGAAGAGCUUCAGUGAGAGUUUGCACAGCCUCUCCCAGGCUAUCAGAAACUUGUCUCUUGAUGUGGCCGCCAAUCGCCAGGCCAUCAAGAUGAUCCAGGAGGUCACCGUGGCCAGGGCUGACUUCCAAGAGUUUGGUGCCAAGCUUGAGGCCAAGGUCCAGGAGAAUAGCCAGAGACUGGGCCAGCUGUGGCAGGAUGUGGAGGUCCAGCUGCAUGCCCAGCACCGUUCCCUGCACCAUGCCCUCUCUGAGGUCCAGGCUGAGGUGGGCACCAAGUUAAAGCAGCUCAUCAAGGCUCAGGAACAUCCAGGGACCAAUGGCAGCCUGGUGGUAACAGCUGCAGCUGCGGCAGCAAGGCCAGAGCCAGAGAGCCUGCAGGCCAGGCUGGGGCAGCUGCAGCGAAAUCUCUCUGCCCUGCACGUGGCCGUCAACCAGAGGGAGGAUGCGCUGCAGAGCACGCUCGAGGACAUGAACAGUAUCCUGAAGCAGCACGUGAACGAAAUCAAGGAGCUGUAUUCCGAAUCGGACGAGACCUUCGACCAGAUCAGCAAGGUAGAACGGCAGGUGGAGGAGCUGCUGGUGAACCACACGGGGCUUCGAGAGCUGCGGGUCAUCUUGAUGGAGAAGUCCCUGAUCAUGGAGGAGAACAAAGAGGAGAUGGAGCGGCAGCUCUUGGAGCUCAACCUCACUCUGCAGCACCUGCAGGCAGGUCACGCAGACCUCAUCAAGUACGUCAAGGACUGCAACUGCCAGAGGCUCUACUCUGACACGGACGACAUCCGGGAGGACCAAAGGAACGCCAUGCGCACUGUGGAAGAGACCCAAGUGAGCCUGGACGAACAGCACCAGCUGGACGGUCCUUCUUUGCAGGCCUUGCAAAGCACUGUAGAUGCCAUGUCCUCAGCGAUGGACGCGUACAAAGGAGAGGGUGAGCGGGCGCGGGCCGAGAGGGCCCAGCUGCGGAGCAAGCUGCGGGCUAUGGACCACGAGGUGGAGGCGCUGAAGGCAGCAGCGAACGGAACCCGCAAAGAGAUGCGUCGCCUGCACGGCUCCUUCGCAGCGCUGCUGGAGGAUGCGCUGCGGCAUCAGGCGGUGCUGGCGGCACUCUUCGGGGAGGAGAUGAUGGAGGAGCUGUCGGAGGAGGCCCCUCGCCCGCUGCCUCUGAAUUACGAGCAGAUCCGCCUCGCCCUGCAGGACGCGGCCACCGGGCUGCAGGAACAGCUGUUCGGCUGGGAGGCCUUGGCCACUCGGGUGGAGACCUUGGAGCAGGCCGCAAGGGGCCUUGUGGAGCAGCGCCCGCCACUGGCAGAGCGUCUGGAGCCCGGCCACAACUCGGGGAAAGAGGGGGAAGCCAUGGCUUUGGCGGACCUGCAGCAGGAGGUUGAGCGCCUGAGCUCCCACGUCAAGCAGGUUGGGCAGUGCUGUGAGGCCUCCCUCAACGGCUCCCUCGAAGAUGUACAGACCGUGCUCUCGGACACCCGGCGUAGCCUGGGACAGCACCAGCAGCUCUUCCACAGCCUCUUCCAGAACUUCCAAGAGCUGGUGGCAAGCAACACCAGCCUGGACCUGAGUAAGCUGCAGGCCAUGGUGAGUAAGAAAGACAAGAAAGGCCUGGGAGCAUCCCGGAAAAGGGAGAAGAAGCAAGUGGCCAUGUCUGCGGAUGCGCACGCCAAAGGGCUGGAGCAACGUGUUCUGGACUCAGAGCUCUGGCAGGCAGGCUCCCCCGUGGCCUUCUAUGCCAGUUCCUCUGAAGCGGCGAGUGCUCUGCAGAUGGUGAAGUUCAACACCACAUCCGUCAAUGUGGGCAGCAGCUACUUCCCCGAACACAGCUACUUCCGGGCCCCCAAACGUGGUGUCUACUUGUUUGCAGUGAGCGUUAUAUUCGGCCCAGGCCCAGGCAUGGGGCAGCUGGUAUUUGAAGGUCAUCACCGGGUUCCAGUUUACAGUACAGAACACAGGGGUGGGAGUACAGCCACUGCUUUUGCUAUGGCAGAGCUGCAAAGGGGUGAGAGGGUGUGGUUUGAGUUAAUCCAAGGGUCUGUAAUAAAGGAGAGCCAACCGGGCACUGCAUUUGGGGGCUUCCUGAUGUUCAAGACCUGAACCCCCUCAGCUUGCAUCAGACAUGGUAGACUUGCCAGCUGCUCUUAGCCCAAGGCUUUGGCCAGCGAUGGCUGGAGAACAUCUCGUGGCCUAGCCCUUUCCUGGACACCUUCUGCAAAGACCUUCUUCUGGACACACAGGGAGGCCAGGAAUGCUGCUCCUUGGACUGGGCCUGUGCCUGGAGUGGGAGCUGGGCUUCCUAUGCCUUUCCCAAUGGCAUGGCUUGUCUUGGCUCUGAGACAAUCAUUUCUACAGCUUUUUCCUCCCAUUUCGUUCCUUCGGUAGUUGGAAACUUCUGUACAACAUUUAAACCUUUUCAGGUGUAGCUCAAUGACAGCAUUUGAUAUGCAAAAGGUCCCAGGUUCUCUUUCCAAUACCUCAAAAAACUUGAAGAAAAAAAAAAUCCUUUUUUCCUCCCCUGAAAUUGGAAACAAGUGUCCUAUUACUACAGAAAAGCUAGUUAAAAACAGCCUUUCACUGGGCAUGGGAAUGCAUGCCUUUGAUCCCAUCACUUGGGAGGCAGAAGCAGGCUGAUCUCUGAGUUCAGAGCAAGUGCAGGACAGCCAGGGCUCUGUUACACAGAGAAACCCUGUCUCAGAAAACCAAAACAACAACAACAACAAAAACCCAGCCUUUCUGGUUUCAGAAGGGAGUUACCACCUGGUUGAAUCAGCCAUGGGAAAGGAAAUGGAGCCCUGGAUCCGGUUGCCAGAACUGUAUAAACUGGGUUUGGUGGCACCCAUCCGUGACCUCAGCACGUGGAGCAAGCACGAGGAUCACACAUUCGCAGCACCGCCAGCUUCCUGACAAGUUCAAGGCUAGCCUGGGAUGCGUUGUUUUGCUGCCUCAGAACAAGCUAUUUUAACUUUCAGUCACCUUGCCCCUUGUCUGUAUCUGUGUAUUUAAUUUUAGUUCCACGUCCCUGUCUCCUCGCUUCGCUCAGUGCAAAGGCCAACAGAUGUCAAACAGGGACAACACCGUGUGGCCUUCAUCCCUUUCAUUCUCCCACUAUCAUGACACUCCACACCUUCCCCCAGCAUCUUUAAGGAAGGGAAGAGGGAAAUUAAGCUCUCCUGGUAACAAUCAACUUUGGAAUAAAGCGAUGCCCUCCAAA